CUUCAAUGUAGAACUGGCUCAGGCAGAUUAGAGACUCUGUAACUGAGAAAACCAUUGGUUUGAUGCGGAUAGAGUUUUGGAGGAGUGCUGUAGAAGACAUUUACCGGGAUAAUCCACCACCACAACCAGUGGCAAUAGAGCUGUGGAAGGCUGUUAAGAGGCAAAACCUGACCAAAAGAUGGCUUAUGAAUAUUAUUGACCAAAGGGAAAAGAAUCUGGAUGACCGAGCGUAUCAGGAUAUCAGUGAACUUGAGACAUAUGCUGAAAAUACACAGAGUGCACUCCUUUAUCUCACACUAGAAACACUUGGUGUGAGGGACAUCCACGCAGACCAUGCAGCCAGUCACAUAGGGAAGGCACAAGGCAUUGUCACGUGUUUAAGGGCUACUCCAUACCAUGCUAGCAGAAGGAAGGUGUUUCUCCCCAUGGAUAUUUGCAUGCUGCAUGGUGCUUCACAAGAGGAUUUCAUAAGAAAAAAUGAGGUGAAGAAAAUAAAAGAUAUUGUAUAUGACAUUGCAAGUCAAGCCCAUGUUCAUCUGGACCAUGCUAGGUCCUUCAAGAAGAAUGUCCCUGCCAAGGCAUUUCCUGCCUUCCUUUGUACAGUUGCUAUUGAAGAUUAUUUACAUAAAAUACAAAAAGCUGACUUCAAUGUAUUUCAUCCAAGUUUGCACCAGAAAAGCACUUUACUACCUUUGCGUUUGUAUAUUAGAUCAUGGAAAAAAGCUUAUUGAAAAAUAUAAGAUUUGAGUCUU